AUGACAGUGGCAAACCCGAAUAAGAUCAAGUUACAGUUACAUCGCGAGUUCAGUAUAAGCAGUAACGACAUCGCCAAACUUCCGCAGCCUCAUCCUAACAGCCUCAUCCCAACAGCCUCCAUGAUUGCCUCACUACCAACACCCCCCGCGAUCGCAACAGGGUCCUAUGGGAUCGCCGCCGUGAUCGGCGCCGACGAUAACGCCCUAACAAAACCCCAAGAUCUGACCGCGAUAGCCGCAAUCGCCGUUCGCGCUAUGAACCCUACCAAGCCACUGACCGUCGGCAUGCAAAAUGGACACGGUGAUGUCUCCGAGUUGGCAGAUAUCAUUACGCAGGUAAUCGCUAUAGGUGCUGUAAGGUAUAAUCUGGAAGAUAUAGACGCGACUGGCGUGCUGCGAUCGGUAGAUGAGGCUACGGCAUGGGUUGGGGUGGUUAUUUGUUGUUCAGGCGGCAGAAAGGCUGGGGUUCCUGACUUUGUUCCCUAA